UUUGAGUUUCUCUAUCGACCACCAGCUCCUCCCCCUCCGUACAAGACGACAAACUGCCACAAUUUGCUCCCACGCUUCUCUUAAAGACCACCUCACCCGUUCACGUCCCACUGCCCUGCUUUCCGUCCGUCGAGCACAAGCUUUUCACGCUCAUACUCAGUUUCACAGCCCCAGGUGAAGCAACGCAAAGGUGAAAUAAUCAAUUUGCACCAAAUGUGAAGCAUGUUGCUGUGGAGGAUCUGCAUCUGUACCGGCCUCAUGGCGUCACUCCCUCGACCUACGCAUCAGUCCUGCACCACAGGGACACCCAAGCAGUGCGCUGACGCGGAGUUCGCUCCUGGUGCCUCUCUGGCGGGAGAAGGCUUCGACAUCACCAAGAUGGAGCGAAAAGGGGCCUUUGUCAUCAACAUGAAUCUGUGGAAGCACAAGGACAAAACGUGCACCCUGUGCAGCAACCCCUACCUGGAGAACAGCAAGCAGAAGCUCCCCUUGUCCGUGGUGGACUGGAGGUCGCAGCAGUCCUGCAGCAUGUCCAUCACCAGUAGACUCCACCGCUCCAGCGAGUCCCUAGUCAGCUCCAGCACCUCCUCUGUAGAAAACAACUGGGAGGCCAAUCUGGACGUUAACGUGGGUGAAAAGAGCGGCUCAGCGAUGCUGGCCGGCACGCAUUCCAAACUGGCUGAAUACUCCAUGGAAAAAACCAAGAAUGAUAAAUUCAGCUUCACGAGCCAAAGCGUGUUCUGUGAGUACUACAGCUAUCGAGUGUCGGGUUCUCCCAGGCUGCACAAAGAGUUCCAGAAAGCAGUGAAGCAGCUUCCCCAAACCUACAGCCCCCAAUACAAGUCACGGUUUUACAAGCUUAUAGACAACUUCGGCACCCAUUACAUCACCAAGGUGAAACUGGGAGGGAGCGUCCAGUCUGUGACCAGCAUCCGGCAGUGCCAGGCCAGCCUGCAGGGCCUCAGUAUGGAGGAGAUAGAGAUGUGCCUGCAGGCCGAGGCCUCUGUCAGCAUCAAGGCCUCAGUAAAAACCCAAGCAAAGCACUGUCAAAAAGACGCCGACAAGUCAGAAAGCAAGAUGUCCUUCUCCAGCCUCUUCAGUGACAGGUUCACAGAGAUAAAGGGCGGCCACACCACGGAGCCAGAUCUGCUCUUCUCUGCUGACAAAGACCCGGCCGCCUACAAAGAGUGGCUGAACACGGUCCCACGGAACCCAGACAUAGUCUCCUACUCCCUGGACUCCCUUCACGAGCUGCUGCCCAAAAACAGCGCCGCUCGCAAGAACCUGCGCUCGGCCGUCAGCCACUAUAUCCUGGAGAAAGGCCUGUGGAAGAACUGCAGCAGUCGCUGUCAGGCCGGCAUCAAGAGCGACUCCAGAGACUCCUGCGUUUGCCAGUGUCACAACGAUCCGGCCGUCAACCAGGACUGCUGCCCGACCCGUAAAGGCAUGGCCCGGGUCAUCGUCACCGUGCAGCGGGCCGCUGGUCUGUGGGGGGACCACACCACUGCCACCGACGGCUACGUCAAAGUGUCCUUCAAUGGACUGACGUAUCGUACCUCUGUGGUUUACAACAACAAUGACCCACACUGGGCCUUUCCCAUUGACCUGGGCUCCCAGGACUUGUCCUCAGGUCACAAAGUGAGAUUUGAAGUGUGGGACGAGGACAGCAAGUGGGACGACGACCUGCUGGGGGAAUGUGAGCAAGACCUGACGGCUGGGGUCAAAGCCGACGUCUGUGCCCUGCAGCACGGUCAGCUGUUUUACAGACUUGAAAUCAAAUGCGCUCCGAGCCUGAGCGGAGAUUUAUGCACAGAUUACAAAGCGUCACCCGUGAGUCCGAGCCUGAAGAGCUUCUAUGUGUCCCGUCACGCCCACCCUGUUCCCAGAGACAUCCUGGUGCAGAUGGGUGUGUUCGGUGACGACCCGAGUUCACAAAGGAAUCAGAGUAUUUAUGCAUAAAGUUAAAGGAAUAGUGAUGAAUAUAUACAUACUUUGGCUUUGCUGAUGCUUCCAUACAGUAGCAACGUGCCUCCUUCUAAUGAAACUGUUCAUAACUGAAUCGCAGACUCCAAAGCAUGCUGUGUAGUCGGCUCGAAGCUUUUGUUUUUGCAGAAAUUCAGUGAAACAAACAGACAGUAGUGUCCUGAUUUGAAUGCAUCAAAGUGGUUCAAAUAUUAAAUAAAUGGUGACAUAUUUGUGGUAUUGGUGUUGUUUUAUUGGGCACAAAACACAUGAGUAGCUUAUGUGAAAGUUACUGGACACGAAGUUUGAUUCACUUCUAUAAUUUAUUUGUCUCUUACACUUUGCACAUAUGUUUAUUUGUUUCAAACUGUAUCUAUUUUUAUCUAUACAAGCAUUUAUAUGUACACAAAUGUUUAUCUAUUAUUGAAUAAAGGGAAUAAUGUCUAAAGUA